AUGUUUGGGUAUGAUUGCAUUGGUGAUGAUUAUAAGGUUAUUAGUUUUAUCGAAUAUGAGUAUACUCCGAACAACAUUGACAAGAGAAAAGUGGGAACUCAACUUUACAGCAUGAAAGCGAAUUCAUGGGAGAUCAUUCAAAAACCUCCUUGGGAAUUCGAUUUCCAUUAUUCAAAGGGUGUCAUUGCGGACAACUCUUUGCACUGGACGGAUGAAAAAAUGAUGGGGAGUUUUGAUCUUUAUACUCGAAAGUAUGAAGAGAUGAAACUUCCUGAAGAAAUUGAUUCUUUGGAUGUAUGGACAUUGAACAAGGAUGGUAUGGAGAAGUCUUGGUCUAUGCUGUUUCGUUGCUCACUCGUAUGCCCUGAGAAUACACCCUCAUCCUUUGAUGUCAUGCUUUGCCCUAUGCCUAUAUGUGGGAUGAAGGAAAUCCAAGCUAUUAGUACUAAGAAAGAAGUAGAUAAGAUCAUUUGCUAUGACCUAGAGUCUCAAGCGAUUCGUGAGCAAGGGAAACUUGUGUUCCGAAGCCUUGAUGCGGAUUACAAUCAGAUGUGGGCAAGAACAUGCAUAUGCUGGGGUGGUAUAAUCCGUACAGCUGCAGAGAAGCCUACUUCAUAG